AUGUCCAUCCACUUCCGCUCGCAGGCGUUCAGCUCCCGCUCCGCAGCCGUCCCGGGGCGCGGCGCUCAAGUGCGCCCGACCUCGGGGCGCUCCCUCUGGCUGGGUAGCAGCAGCGUCUACGGCCUGGGCGCCUCGCGGCCACGUGUGGCGCUGCACUCUGCCCAUGCGGGCCCAGGGGGCACCGGCAUCCGCGAGGUCACCCUUAAUCAGAGCCUGCUGGCCCCGCUGCAAGUGGACAUCGAUCCCUCCAUCCAGCAGGUGCGCCGGGAGGAGCAUGAACAGAUCAAGACUCUGAACAACAAGUUCGCUUCCUUCAUCGACAAGGUGCGCUUCCUGGAGCAGCAGAACCAGCUGCUGGAGACCAAGUGGGCGCUGCUGCAGGAGCAGGGGUCGCCCAAGAGCAGCCGCCUCCCCAGCAUCUUGGAGGCGCAGGUUGCCGGCUUGCGGGGGCAGCUGGAGGCGCUGCAGGUAGACGGCGGCCGCCUGGAGGCGGAGCUACGGGACAUGCAGGAUGCGGUGGAGGACUUCAAGAAUAAGUACCAAGAUGAAAUUAACCACCGCACGGCUGCCGAGAAUGAGUUCGUGGUGCUGAAGAAGGACGUGGAUGCCGCCUACAUGAACAAGGUGGAGCUGGAGGCCAAGGUGGGGGCUCUGAAUGACGAGAUCAACUUCCUGAGAGCCCUCAAUGAGCAGGAGAUCCACGAGCUGCAGUCCCAGGUCUCGGACAUGUCCGUGGUGCUGUCCAUGGACAACAACCGCUCCCUGGACCUGGACAGCAUCAUCGCCGAGGUGCGCGCCCAGUACGAGGAGAUCGCCCAGAGAAGCAAGGCCGAGGCCGAGAGCGUGUACCAGACCAAGGUUGAGACCCUCCGGGCCCAGGCUGGGAAACAUGGGGACGACCUCCGCAGUACCCGGAACGAGAUCUCCGAGAUGAGCCGCGCCGUGCAGAGACUGCAGGCUGAAUUGGACGGCGUCAAGAACCAGCGUGCCAAGUUAGAGGCCGCCAUCGCUGAUGCCGAGCAGCGGGGUGAGCUGGCCCUCCAGGACGCGCGGGCCAAGCAGGCCGAGCUGGAGGCCGCCCUGCAGAAGGCCAAGCAGGACAUGGCGCAGCAGCUGCGCGAGUACCAGGAACUCAUGAACGUGAAGCUGGCCUUGGACAUCGAGAUCGCCACCUACCGCAAGCUGCUGGAGGGCGAGGAGAGCAGGUUAGUGGAAGAUGGAGCCGGAGCUGUGAACAUUUCUGUGGUGAACUCUGCAGGCGGCGGCGGCGGCAGCGGGCUCACCUUCAGGGGGACCAUGGGUAGCAAUGCCCUGAGCUUCUCCAGCGCUGGGGGGCCCGUGGCCCUCAGGAGCAUCCGCAGCUGAGCCUCAGGUGUGGGGAGACCCACGUCCCCUCGGCGCACUGGCACGGGGACUCCUCUGCCCGCCUCCCACCCCCACCUCCUCCAUGGGUCCCAGGACCAUCCGAACGGGAACAUGGAUGUAAGGGAAACUUCCAAUAAAGCAGCUGCUUC